ACGAAUGAUUUAAAUACAGGUGCACUUGAACAGGUACGAACAGUCACAACCAUAUCCGUGAUUUGGAUACUACCUGGAAGAAUCUUAAAUCUUUAGUUUUUGCUACUUAAACAUUCGAAAGUACGACAAUGGAGUAUCUACCAGAAGACCCGCUAUUAAAGUUUCAUCCUGAUACAUUACAUUAUGUGAGAAAAACUUAUAAAUUGGAUCAUGCAGAAUCCAUGGCUAAGGCUAUUGAUACUCUUGAUGCGUGGGUGAAGAAACAGGAUCAUUUUAUUAAAAAGGAUUACAAUCGUGACUAUUUAGAGAGAACAAUAAUAAGAGCAGAGGGUUCAGUAGAAUACGCGAAAGAGCAUCUAGAGAAACUUUGUAAAUCAAGAAAAUUAGUACCACGUUUCUUUCUCACUGGUGACUUUGGUACCCCUCUUCUUGCUGAUAAAGAAGAUGUAUUCUUACCAAAACUAACGAAGGACUACUACAGAGUUUAUCUUGCACAAAAUAAAAUACAAGAUUACAAACCAGAAAUGAACGAUGCCUAUUACAAGCGCCUGAUUUAUAUGUUAGAAUACAUCUGCGCUCAUGAUUAUUCUUGCGGAUUCAUAUGGGUCUACGACUUUCGACAAACAAAUAUGUCCCAGUUUCUUAAAUAUUUGGACAAAACUGACCUCGGACACUGCUUCAAUAUUAUAUUGAAUGCUUAUAGCUUCAAGCUAAAAGGCAUACAUAUUAUAACAACGUCAAACCUUGUGGAUACAUUUGUGUCAAUGUUGAAAGAAGUAGUGAAUAAGGAAGUCCGUGAACGUAUCCAUGUCUUGAAAGAUGUAGAAGAACUGUAUGAUCAUGUCGACAGACAUAUUUUACCAGAGGAAUAUGACGGCCAAGAAACAUCGAUGUCUGAAUUAUAUCAUAAAUGGGUUGAUAUACUGGGCUCAAAGGAUUAUAAUAAGUAUAUGGAAGAUAUGAAUAAAGCGAAAACAAAAGACUAA